AAUUGGGGGUUGGGGACAUGGGACCACUUCCAUUGAUCGUUUAGCAAACGAAAACGGAGAAACCGUAGCUGCGAAGAUUCCGCCUUCUUCGCGAUCAUCCAGGUCUUUUCCGAUUGCUUCCGCCACUAUUCAUCUUCCUUUUCUUUAUCCUUCAAUUAAUUGUUCCAUUUUCCAGAAGCUUUGUGGUAAAAGUGACGACGAUCAUAGCUCGUCUGGUUCGAAGGUUAUCAAAAUUGGGCUAGAUGUUAUUCCGAUCAUCAUUAGCUUAACUGGGAAGCACAAUUAAACAAUUACAAAUUUAAGUAAGAGAAAAAGAAAGGAUGCGAAGGUGGCUGUGUUGCAUCCGUCAAGUGGAUGAAUCUUACCCUCGUCAUGAAAGUGAGCUACUAAAAGGCCCCACAAAUAAUUCUGAGGGGCAUGAAAAAGGUACAAAGGCAGCAAUUCCUGCCAAGACUGAAGUGCAAAAGGCAGUACCAGCAAUUGAGGUGCCAAAGUUGUCUCUGGAUGAACUGAAAGAACAAACUGAGAAUUUUGGAUCAAAAGCUUUAAUUGGAGAGGGAUCUUAUGGAAGAGUGUACUUUGCAAAUUUAAAUAAUGGCCAAGCUGUAGCAGUGAAAAAGCUAGAUGUUUCAUCUGAACCAGAUUCAAAUACGGAGUUCUUGACUCAGGUUUCUAUGGUCUCAAAGUUGAAGCAUGAAAAUCUUGUCGAACUGCUUGGUUACUUUGUAGAAGGCAAUCUUCGUGUAUUAGCUUAUGAGUUUGCAACCAUGGGGUCUUUACAUGACAUACUACAUGGAAGGAAGGGAGUACAAGGUGCACAGCCUGGCCCUACACUUGACUGGUCACAGCGAGUACGGAUUGCCAUCGAUGCUGCAAGGGGACUUGAAUAUUUGCAUGAGAAGGUCCAACCUCCCAUAAUACACCGGGAUAUCCGAUCCAGCAAUGUCCUUCUAUGUGAAGAUUACAAAGCAAAGAUUGCAGAUUUUAAUCUUUCAAACCAAACUCCUGAUAUGGCUGCACGGCUUCAUUCUACCAGAGUUUUGGGAACAUUCGGUUAUCAUGCACCAGAAUAUGCAAUGACUGGUCAGCUUACUCAGAAGAGUGACGUAUAUAGCUUUGGGGUGGUUCUGCUUGAGCUCUUGACUGGAAGAAAACCUGUAGACCAUACGAUGCCUCGUGGGCAGCAGUCACUUGUUACAUGGGCUACUCCUAGGUUAAGCGAAGAUAAAGUGAAACAAUGUGUGGAUCCAAAACUCAUUGAAUAUCCUCCAAAGGGAGUGGCUAAGCUCGCAGCCGUUGCUGCAUUGUGUGUACAAUACGAGGCAGAGUUCCGUCCAAAUAUGAGCAUUGUUGUGAAGGCCCUUCAGCCGCUCCUCAAGACUCCUGCCCCUGCUCCAGAAAUUUAAUCCCCUAUUAUAUGGUUGCUUGGAGUACCGGAAUUUCGCGCAUUUUUACGCGCAAGUUUGUGGGCGGGGGAGAUUCCAUCCAGCAUCCGAAAUUGAGAUUUCUUUGUUCGCUUCAUUGUGCUAUCACAGAUUAGCGGUUUGGUGCGUUUGUUUUUCUCCAGUGUUAAGAUGUUAAAGUGAGAUUUUGAAUCUUGAUUUUCUAAGUUAUUAAUUGACCAAUUACAUAAAAACUGUGAGAUUCGUUUGCAGUGAAGGUUGGCUGUGAUAUUUCCUUCUGAGUUCUGGAAGAGGUCAGAUGCAUAUUCAUUCAUGUACUCAAAUACCAUAAUAAUUGAUUAAUUGUGUUGGCUUUACAUUAAUCUUCCU